UUAUAGAUAAACUUUACAACAAGCAGAUAACAUUUACAGUAUCGUGUUAGAAAUAGAAACAAUGAGAAUAUUUACCUUACUAUCGUUAUAGUUAACGUUGCCAAACGUGACGAGAAACAUUUUAUAUCAACAAGUUUAAAAUUUGAAAGGAUUAUAUUGCUUUCAUUGUGGUAUAAAGAUUGAUUUUCAUAAAUUCAAAAUGGAGGUAUCAGGUCGUAAGGAAUGGGAUUGGAUGAUAAACAGUCAACAUCUUACCAAGGGAGGCAAUUUACAGUUCUUUGCCAGCCCUGUGAGUGUGACGGUGAUACAAUAGAAGCGGAGGCAUUCUGUGAAACUUGUAACGAGUUCAUCUGUUCUCCAUGUCUUAAGGUUCAUCGUAAAUUGGCUGUGAGUAAAAAUCACGUGAUCAAGUCGAAGGAUGAAAUGCCAAUAUCAAGGGAAAAGCAAAAAGAUCCAUGUACGGAGUUAUGUUCAGUCCAUCAUACUGAAAUAAUAAAGUUCUAUUGUGAAGACCAUAAUUCUGUAGGAUGCGGAGAUUGUAUGGUCCUUAGCCACAAAACGUGUUCUGUUAAACUCGUCAGUGAUGUUUCCGACAACUAUGAUACCUGCGAAGAACUCGUGCAAAUCAAGAGUAAGACGGAAACCUUUCUGCGUAGAAUUUUCAUCUUACCAAGGUGAUAUUGUAAAUCACAUAAGACUGCUGAU